CACACAGGUGCGUACGGCCAGCCCCGACCCACAGGCCGCAACCGGGAGCACCCCCGCCGGACACCACCACCAGCGCCGCUAAGCUAUCCAAAGUAGACAUGGGGCUGCUGCUCCUCCCGUCUCGCGCCGCCAGCGCGCGCCCGCUGCUUCCACCAGCCAGCCCCAGCGCCCUUCGCCGCGCCGGUGUCAUCGGCGCCCGCCCGGCGGCCAGCUCCAGCAACGUCGAGGUCAUCGACGCCACCGCGACGCCGGCGUCGACGUCCGCGCCGGGCGGUGGCGGCGGCGGCGCCAGGAAGUGGGGCGCGGGCGGGCUCGGGCUGGAGCUGUCGGAGGAGAUGCGGCGCGGGAUGAUGUGGCGGAUGCUGGCGCCCCCCGCGGCGGCUGUCGCGGCGGACGCGGCGUUCCUGAGGCUGCUCGACCGCGCGGCGCCCGGGGACGCGCCGGCCUGGGCCGCCGCCGCGGGCUCGGCCCUGCUGUUCGCGGCGGGGCUGCUCGGCGUCCACUACGGGUUCCUGUCGUCGAGGUGGGACGCCACGGAGAGGGGAUCCGUGUUGGGGUGGGACCUCGCCGUCCGGCACUGGAACGUCAUGUCCAUGGCCAAGGAGCACUCUUCGUCAGGGGAAGAGGAGGACGACGAUGACGAGGAAUACGAAGACGAGGAGGAGUACGAGGAUGAUGACGAGGAGUAUGAGGAUGACGAGGAAUAGGAAGAUGAUGAUUAAUUUAAGGGGCUAGUUGUAAUUUAAAUCACUUGCUCCGUCCGUUCCAAAUUGCAGGUUGUUUUAAUUUUUCUAGACAUAUAUUAUAUGCAUAAUAAUAUAUAUGAAUCUAGAAAAGUUAAAAUGAUCAAAAAUUUAGAACGGAGGGAGUAGUUUUUAGAGACAUGGGGAAUAAUAAGGGUUCCAAUUUCACUUUUGAGUAUGUUAUUAAGUUUGCGCUACUGUUUUA